AUGUUUUUCUUCAAACAAUUUUGGGAAACGAUCAAAGAUGACAUUUUCAGACUCUGCGAUGACUUCUAUGCAGGAAAGGCUAACUUGGAAAGGAUAAACUGGGCUAACAUUGCGCUCAUUCCAAAGGUGGAGUCUCCUGAAUCCCCGGGUGACUUCAGGCCAAUCAGCCUUAUUAAUUCGUCUCUCAAAAUCAUCUCUAAGCUCUUGGCUAUCCGUUUGGGAAAAGUAAUGAAUGACUUAGUUGAUUUUGCCCAAUCUGCUUUCUUGCGGGGCAGAUGUAUCCUAGAUAAUGUUGCAAUCGCAGAGGAAUUGAUUUUCAGUUUGAAGAAAAGAAGGAUACCUGGGUACAUUCUGAAAGAGGACUUUUCUAAGGCGUUUGACCUUGUGGACUGGGAAUUCUUAUUGGAUCUGCUCAAAGCUAGGGGAUUCGGGUCCAAGUGGUUGGGUUGGAUCGAGAGAAUUCUUGCUUCUACCAAAGCUAACGUGUUAAUCAAUGGGGCUCCUAAUGGUUACAUUCGUUACUGUAGAGGAUUACGACAGGGUGAUCCUUUAUCCCCGUUGCUUUUCAUCUUGAUUACAGAUGUGCUUUCCUCGAUGUUCAGGCAUGCUCUCGACUCCAGGAUUCUGGUGGGGGUGCCACUCGGCCCGGGUAGGAAUAGAUGCAACCUGCAUUUCGCGGACGACCUUCUGAACGGGGGUCCUCCCGGAGACUGCGGCGGCCGAGACUUUGAAUUGUGCGGUGGGGUUGCUCCCGGUUACUUAUUUGGGCGUACCUCUCUCGGGGGGUUACCUUCUUGGGUAGUUCGCGCAAUUGACUGGAUUAGAAGGGACUUUUUAUGGUCAGGGCCUGACAUCGAUAAGCCCAGGUGCCGGCUUGUUAGCUGGAAAGCCCUCUGUCGUGAUAGGGAGCAAGGAGGCUGGGGGAUUCUUGAUCUAAAUAACUUUAAUAAGGCGUUGUUAGGGAAGUGGUGGUGGAAAUACGCGAAUGAUCCAGAUGGGGAAGGGACUGAAGUAAUCCAUUUCAACUAUGGUAGUGUUAGCUGGGACAUGUUCCCGCGCACUAGUGGAAGGAUGUCUUUUUUCUGGAAAGGUGUUCUGAAGAUUCUUCCUGUGUUAAGAUGUUGUGUUACGAGUACAAUCAACUCCGGCUCGGAAACCUUCUUCUGGAAAGAUCGGUGGCUCAAUGGGAGAGCACCUAUGAAUGUGUGGCCGGAGCUUUAUUGUGAGAGUAAGUGGCGGGAUGCUACCUUUGAGGAGCUGGGCCAUUUGCUUGAGAAUCAACCAUAUUGUGAGGAUGAGGGUGUUAUCCAAUUUAGGGAUAGAUGGAGGGCCAGGGCUCAGGAUGGGAGAGAUUUAAAAAAAUGGUCGAUCAAUGGUAAUGGUAUGUUCUCAGUGAAAUCCCUGUACAACUUCCUAAACGAUGGGGGUACCAGGUGUGAGGUGGCGAAGUUCUUCUGGAAAAGCAAAUGUCCCAAGAAGGUUAAUAUUUUCAAUUGGCAAAGACCGAAAGCCUCACCCAGAGAGAAGUUGGGGAAGCGAGAAGGGUCUUGGAUGAAAGAGGAACUGGAAGCAAAAGCUCUCUUUCUCUCCCCCUCUCAGGCGCUUGCAGUGGCAACGGCGACAAAUCUCUCCUUCGCUGUUCUUUUUGGUGGCGACUUCAACUCUUGUUUCUUCAUCCAUCUUCAUCGAUUGGGGAACACAACAGCAGCAACCAUGAGGGUAGUCAAGCGACACCAACGAACCACAACGGCGGCUUCCUUGACAGGCUGUGGCGGAGAGCAGCGGCAACGAGAGGAUGGCAUGCUUGGCGGCAUUAUCUCAGCCAUCAAGCAUGCCGCGGCGAUGAUCAAUGGCAACGGUGACUGGCAGCGACAGCAACAACGAGAGACGAGUGUGGCAUGCUUGGCGGCAUUAUCUCAGCCAUCCAAGCAUGCUACGAUGGUGAACAACGGCAUCGCAGAUAAGGAACAGGCGAAACUGGAAGAUAUGAUGACUACAGUUCGACGCAACCUGAACUUCACUGGACCGAGGAACCAGAUGGACAGGAUGGAAAUGAUGGAAUCAACGGCCGAGGAGGCACUCGACGGUAACAUGGGCUAG